AUGAGUAUACCUACUAUAUAUAUAGAUCCAUAUGCUGAGGUAGCUAUAGUUUGUCGUGCACUCUAUUAUAAUAUUCCCGGGUUUUAUCCGAAUGUGAAAGCUCUACAAAAGGCGUGCAAAAAAGAAGGGUAUGGUCAUUUUCGACUCAAAGAUAUAACAAAGUGGUUAGAAAAUCAGUAUGAUUACCAAAUAUAUCGUCAUCCACCAAAGAUUAAGGCUCAGGCUAGCUUUUCUAAAUGUCGAAUUCCUAAUAAAUUACACCAAUGUGAUCUAUUACCUCAUGUUUAUGAUGAUCAGAAAAAGGGGAAAGUGUAUUUACACACCUUGGUGCUGAUAGACGUGGCGACAAGAUUUAAAUGUGCAGUAGCGUUGACGUCAAAGAAUAGUUUAGAA